AGGUAAUGAGGUGGAACUUCACCAGCAGUCACCAGAGUGCUCCAGCCUCUUGACUGGCCCAGGUAGUGAUAAAGGUUGUAUGAUCUGAGUAUUCCUGGCUAAUGGAAAAUCCAAAAUAAUCAAACAAGAGCGAUGGAAUGUAAACUGCAAUGCUGCAACUGAAGUACGUGCAGUAGACAGGAAAAGGAAUAUAGUGUUGCUGUGUAGUAAAUAUGAAAAAAUGAAUGGGUGUGCAUGAACAGUUGUGUGCUAUGAUGAUGAACAGCAAGAUUGUUAAUGCUUUUCUCAAGAUAACUACAUAGUGAAAAUUGAAAGAUCACAAUGAAAUUAUCACUGGUGUCAAUACGCAGACGAUGUCGCUUUUGGAGCCGGCGAUGUGAAUGGAUGUUUUUGUUAUUAGUGGUGUUCGGUAUGAUUAUAACAAUGCAUUAUUGGAUAGUGGCUAAAAAAGACAUUGAGGAACAACCCCCUUGUAUAGUGUUGCAAGAACAGAGGCGAGGACUGUUCCCAUUGUUAUCUGCAGUGUCAACACUUCUUUCUCAUCUCUCUAUCACACAUUUUCUUUGUUAUGACUCCUUAUGGGGGGCAAUACAGGAAUCAGGCCCACUGCCCUGGGAUGUGCAUGCCCACCUUUGUGCUCUUAAUGAAAAGGUAUCUGUGCAUGAUGAGGCUGAACUAUUAAGAGCUUUCAGACGUCGUGGGCUGACCCUAGAAUACAGCUCUGCUGAAGGCCAGUACACUAUUAGGAAUUCGUCUUCCGAAGCUGUAAACUUUGAAGUCCCAACAGUCCGUGUGGUGCUUUUUGAGGAAGACGAUAGGUUGCACAUGUUACGACGAGUAGGCUGGCGACGGCGUGUAUUACCGCCUGACUGUGAUGCUCAUCCCACUCUACAGUGCUUUCCCCCAAAUCUAGCUGCACUGCCUCUGCCAAUGCGACCUUUUGGCCCUCUCACUCUGCCUGCCCCCAGAGAAGACAUAGAUUUACUCAAGUUUCACUACCCAGACACUUGGUGGAGACCUCUUCAGCCUCACUGUUAAUUACUUCACUUGUUUUAGAGGUGCGAGUACUUUACAUAUGCUGAAAAUCAUCCUAAUUUCUCUACUUCUGGCUGAUACUAUGAUGAUCUCACAUGAGGUUUUGGUUUUAUUGGCUGAAGCAACACUGCCACUCUGCAUUGAACUUGGAUUUGUCAACAGACAUUGAUGGUUUUUCAGAAGAUGCUUCUAUUGAAUAGUUUCUGACAUGCAAUGGAACACCUCUUCAUUGGUCAAUAGUUUUUUUUUUUUUGUCCCGUGCAAGGGCUUUCUUCAGUCAACAUUUAUCUAAACCUACUGAACUUUUUAAUUAAAUUUGUAUACUGUAGUUUGGACAUUAUACAGUAUACAGUGGACCCCCGGCAUACGAUAUUAAUCCCUUCCUGAGAGCUCAUCAUAUGCCGAAACUAUCGUAAGGCGAAUUAAUUUUCCCCAUAAGAAAUAAUGGAAAUCAAAUUAAUCCGUGCAAGACGCCCAAAAGUAUGAAAAAAAAGUUUUACCACAUGAAAUAUUAAGUUUAAUGCACACAAACUGAAGAAGACAUGCACAGUUAGUAGAUCUGGUGAUGAUUGAUGGGAUGGGAGGAGGGGAGAAUGUCGAAGUUGUUAUUGUUUAGAAGGGGAAUCCCCUUCCAUUAGCACUUGAGGUAGCAAGUCCUUUUCUGGGGUUACUUCCCUUCUUCUUUUAAUGCCACUAGGACCAGCUUGAGAGUCAGUGGACUUCUGUCGCACAACAUAUCUGUCCAUAGAGGCCUGUACCUCUCGUUCCUUUAUGACUCUUCUAAAGUGGUUCACAACAUUGUCAUUGUAAUAGUCACCAGCACAGCUUGCAAUAGCUGUGUGAGGGUGAUUUUUCAUCCAUAAAGGUUUUCACCUUUGUCCACAUUGUACACAUUUCUUUAAUCUUUGAAGUAGGCAACUUCAUCAAUUUCUCUAUCCCCUCCUCCGAAGCAGUUUCCUCAGGUCUGGCCUCUUGCUGUUGAAGAUGAUCUAGCAGCUCAUCAGUGGUUAGUUCUUCAUUGUCCCCCUCCACCAACUCUUCCACAUCCUCCCCACUAACCUCCAACCCCAAGGACUUCCCCAAUGCCACAAUGGAUUCCUCAACUGGCAUACGAUUCCCAGGGUUAGCCUCAAACCCUUCAAAACCCCUUUUGUCUACACAUUCUGGCCACAGUUUCUUCCAGAGUUCAAGGUCCUCUUAGUCACUUCCUCCCAAGCCUUACCUAUAAGGUUUACACAAUUGAGGAUAUGAAAGUGAUCCUUCCAAAACUCUUUUAGAGUCAAUUGAGUGUCUGUGGUCACUUCAAAGCAUUUUUGAAACAGCUUUUGUGUACAGUUUCUUGAAGUUGGAAAUGACCUGCUGGUCCAUGGGCUGUAGGAGAGGAGUGGUAUUAGGAGGCAAAAACUUGACCUUAAUGAAGCUCAUGUCCCCAGAAAGUCACUCUGCCAAGUCUGUAGGAUGACCAGGGGCAUUGUCUAAUACCAGGAGGCACUUAAGGUCUAAUUUCUUUUCAAUUAGGUAAUUUUUCACAUUGGGGGCAAAUGCAUGGUGUAACCAGUCAUAGAAAAAGUCCCUAGUGACCCAUGCCUUACUGUUUACCCUCCACAGCACACACAAAUUAGCCUUGAGGACAUUGUUUUGCCUGAACGCUCUGGGAGUUUCAGAGUGAUACACCAAUAAAGGCUUCACUUUGCAAUCACCACUAGCAUUGGCACACAUCAGAAGAGUAAGCCUGUCUUUCAUAGGCUUAAGUCCUGGGAGUGCCUUUUCCUCAUGAGUAAUGUAGGUCCUGCUUGGCAGUUUCUUCCAAAACAGGCCUGUUUCGUUGCAAUUAAACACUUGUUCAGGUUUAAAUUCUUCGCUGUCUAUGUAAUCCUUGAAUUCCUUCACAUAUUUUUCAGCUGCUUUUUGGUCCGAAUUGGCAGCCUCACCAUGCCUAAUCACACUAUGUAUGCCACUACGAUUCUUAAAUCUUUCAAACCAACCUUUGCUGGCCUUAAAUUCACUCACAUUACCACUAGUUGCAGGCAUUUUUUCAAUUAAAUCCUCAUGCAACUUCCUAACCUUUUCACAUAUAAUCGCUUGAGAUAUGCUAUCUCCUGCUAUCUGUUUUUCAUUCAUCCACACCAAUAACAGUCUCUCAACAUCUUCUAACACUUGCGAUCUCUGUUUUGAAAACAGACAUGCACCUUUUGCAAUAACAGCUUCCUUGAUUGCUGUUUUCUUGGCCACUAUAUUAGCGAUGGUUGAUUGGGGUUUGGUAUACAACCUGGCCAGCUCCGACACACGCACUCCACUUUCGUACUUUGCAAUUAUCUCUUUCUUCAUUUCCAUAGCAAUUAGCGCCCUUUUUCCCGCAGGCUUGGCACUAGAAGCUUUCUUGGGGCCCAUGGUGACUUAUUUUGCAGAAACAAGCACCAAAAACACUGUGAUAAUAUGGAAUGUACCGAAUGUAUGCUUAGAUGCGAGCACACUGGCUGGCUUGUAAAUACUGGCACACAUGGGGCAGUUCAGGCCACACAUGGGCGUGUCCUGGACGAAUCACGUGUGGCGAGGCAAAAUUUUUGUGUUAAAAUGUAACGUAUGCCGAUGCCAUCAUAUGCCGGGGUCCACUGUAUACUGUAUUUCUAAGUCUUGAAUGGUAUGCGGUUAAAAUUUUGAAAACAGUGAUAAAACAAAAUUUAAAAACAAUGCAGGCUUUCUUGCUUGAGCUUAUAUAGAUGCAAGAAAACUGCUCAUUAUAAUAAUGGCCUUGGAAUUUGUAGACUAAUGAACUAUAUUUAUUUAGGGAAAGAUUUAUUUAAUAUUAAAACAAAUAAUAAAUAUCUUUAUGAUAUAUGCUGUAUGUAUUAAUAAUAUUCAGUAUGACAUUAUUAAUACCAUUUCUACUAAUAGUGCAUUUGCAAAGAAUCUUCCUCUAUUGUUGCUCAGAUGUCACUGGUUUUCAAAUUAAAUGUAUGUAGAAGA